CUAUAUAUGUGAAAAUUGUUGUAAGAUUAGUCCGUGAAAAUCGAUAGCAAUAUUUUGUAUGCAUCAUAUCAACCUAUCGAUAAAUUUAUACAUACCGCUGAAUGGCAAUUUUGGUAGAAGAUAAAGAGAUAAAUUUCCUUUGCUUGCUGCCGAUUUCUUUGCCCAGCUGGUUUUGCGACUGAAAUUAAAACGAAAUAAAGCAACAAAAUGGAAUCAACAAAUGGUAGAAAUCUGGCAUUGCUUGUACUCUGCCUGUGCGCCUGCUAUGCACUGGCCUUUGAGGGCGGCAAGGAAAUACCGGCCACCAAAUUUGGACAGAGCGUUGCGCCAACGAUGACAUUUCUUUAUUGUUACUCGUGCGGCUAUCGCAAGGCGUUCGAGGACUAUGUGAAUAUCCUGGGCGAGAAGUACCCACAGAUACAGAUUCAUGGCGCCAACUAUGAUCCGCCCGGCAUGAAUUACUAUCUAUCGAAGCUGAUAUUCGCACUGAAAAUACUUAUCAUUGUGUCUGUGGUGACAUCUGUGAGUCCGUUCACCUGUUUGGGCCUGAAUACGCCGGGCUGGUGGAAUCAUCUGCAGGGCAACAAGAUCUAUGCCUGUAUGAUGAUAUUCUUUUUGGGCAACAUGAUCGAGGGACAGCUGAUCUCGUCGGGCGCCUUUGAGAUAACAUUAAAUGAUGUGCCCGUUUGGUCGAAAAUCCAAACCGGCCGCUUUCCGGCGCCGGAGGUGCUAUUCCAAAUAAUCGACAAUCAGCUGCAGUUCACCGAGAACGUGCAGGAGAAUCCCGACUUUGUUAAAUAAUAGUAUCCCAGCGCGCCCAGCACUGAGCAGAGGCACCGACAACAACUGCUGAACAACUAGAAGAACACCAAAAACAGAAGCAUUAAACAAACAUAUUAAAUCCAAAACUGGAAAGCUGGACACGUGGAUAAUUAGAUUUAACUAAACGGUUUUGUCUCUGCGUUACGUAAAUAGUUAUGUGUAUCUUUGUUUAUCCUUAAUCGGUGUCACCCACAAAUUCCCCAUUAAGCAAGCUAUUUAGUAUAAAUAAUGUUAAUGUGUGCAUUUGUUUUAGUUGCCACACCUUGUGGCGGGCAUCGGGCUAAUACUUGGCAAACAUUUAAAAAAAUAUGCACUCUAUUUUAUAAUAUUGCCACCAAAUAUAUGUGAAGGCCUAUCCUUUUUUCCGAUUGAUUCAAACUGAAAUCAAUAUAGUUUUAAAUUUGACUAUUUUCGCAUUCUAUCGAGCAAGAAAUUAUUUUCCAUACAUUUAAUGAACAAGUUUAUUUUAAUAAAUAAUGCAAAUUAAUGUGAUGCAUCAAUCAAUUUGGAGCACAAACCAAGGAAGCGGUAAGAGGUUUGAAGUCUAAGAAGAGUAAAUACUAAGGAUUCAAAUGUCCCAAUCUAAGUAAAAUUAAUAAAAAAAUUUUGAAACUAAAAA